AUGAACGCUGCGCGGAUCCUGCGUUGCCAGUUUGUCAAUCGCUUCGUCCGAUGUCGUGUUGUGGGUCCGCCGCGGGCGCUGACGGCGGGACGGAUGCCCGCUGGCCAGGUGAGGGUCAGGCGCAUUAAGGGCGUGCAGGAGGUGCUUUCCGAGGCCGAGUUCGGGGACGCCAUUCUGGAGAACUACUACGAGGGCCACAAGUUCAAGUACGAGCUGUCGGAGGCGCAGGUGCGGCGCCUGCAGGCGCUGUUCUGGCAGCAGCACCAGCGGCGCUGCGGCCCCGCCAAGCGCGCCCAGAAGCCAGUGGCCAACACGGGGCCCAUCAGCGGCAAGCGGCCCAGGACGGACGCGGGCGGGGCCCUGGGCUGCAGGGACAAGGCGUCCAGGCCCGUGGGCAGGGACACAUGGAUCAAUCCCGCGAUGGUGGCUGGCCCUACGGGUGCUAGAUCCCUGGAUCCCUGGAUCGAUCCCCGGCAGGCCGGCGGGGCCGCGGAUGUGCAAGAUGGGGCGCGGAGCUGUGCGGAAAUUGCGGGCAUCUCUCAGGGGGACUUUAUGGGGUCCCCUGUGAAACUGGAUGAGAUGUUGGAGCGGCGCACGGCGGUCGUGCUUGGCCCGCUGCCCUCUCCCUGGGAGCUGUCGGCAGAUAAGCUCGUGCGCGUUUUGGACGGCACCGUUGGCGUGGAGGGGAGGUACAGUCUCUUCCUCAUAGAGAAGGUGGUCGAGGAUGGCAAGAGGUACUGUUUUCUGAAUUUCGACUGCGCCGAUGACGUGCGCCUCCUGGCCAGCAGGUGCCACAGCGAGCACUGGAGCGGCAUAGCCGGGAAGAGAUUUGUUGAUAACCCUGUGGCGAAGGUGUGGUUCCUGUCACACCAGGGGGCAGAUGACCUGGCCCGAGCGUUUGGCUCGAGAGGCCAGUGGGAGCCAAACGACGUUUGUCCAGGUAACCUCCAAGGACUGCGAGAUGGCAUCGCGUACUUUUUCUACGGGUUCGGUGCCCACCAUGCUGCAGGCGUGUCCUCCCAGGUUCACACGGCCAUUGGAGGACUUGAGCUUCAGGGAGACAGGACUGCACAAACUUGCAGGACAGGCGGGGCGCCGAAAUUCCCGACAUAUGGGAUGGAUCAAAUUUGCAGAACUAGUGGGGGCCUGGACGUCCCUGCAGAUGGGAUGGACACUGAUGCUGCAUUGAUGGACCCAGAUGCGCCUUUUGAUAAGCAACCUUUUGACUGGCAGAAGAUGGCUUGCAUCAAGACGGAGGAUGGUGUUCAGGAUAUGGAGGCGAUGAGAAGAAGAGCAAUUGUCUGUUUUCAAGCAGACCUUGAAAAGAUUAUGAAGAUCCUUGAGGAUCAGAAACGGAACGUGGUGCGCACUCUGAAAUUCAAAUACAAGCCAAGGAUGAACCAAGACCCCAACUUUGAUGAAUAUGAGAAGAUCUUCCGGGAAUUGAGUAUUGACCUUGACAACAAGAUGGGCAGCCUGGGGUGUAACCAGCCAAAGUUCCGGUGA